CACAUAACAAUGUUUCAUCUAAUCACCAUUGAAGACAAGGUUAGGAUACCUCCAAGUCAGUUCAACAAUGAGAUACAAACAAUCGAAGAUGAGAUAGAGAAGAAGUAUACAAACAAGGUCGUAAUAGAUGGAGGAUUGUUCGUAGCAUUGUAUGAUAUCAUUGGAACAGGCGACGCAUAUAUUUACUCUGGUGAUGGAGGUUCACACUUACUAGUACGUUGUAGACUAGUAGUCUUCAAACCUUUCGUUGGUGAGAUACUCGAAGGCAUAAUCAAGAGAUCAACCAAGGAGGUCAUGCAAAUCUCAUUGGGAUUCUUUGAUGAUAUACAGAUACUUGCAGUGGACUUGCCAACACCUUCAAGCUACGAUGCAGAUGAACGACUAUGGCAUUGGGAUUGGAAUGAUAAUGAACUGUACUUUGAAGAUAAGGGUCGUGUAAGAUUCAAGGUCGACACGGUUGAAUGGAAUCCAGCAGUGUCACAACCAGCACCACGACCAAAGUCUACGACGCCAGUAAAUCAAAUGGACGCCACAGCAUUAAAGGAGCAUCAAAAGAGAAUGAAGGAGGAGGAGGAGUACCUAAAGAACCAAAAGUCACCAUUGAUCAUCAAGGGAUCGAUGCGCGAGAGUGGUCUGGGCAUGAUAUCAUGGUGGACUCAGGAAGAGGAGGCAGCACAACAACAAGAAGACGGCACCGAUGCCAUGAUCGAUGAUGAUAGCAAUAAUAACAACAACAACAACAACAUCAACAAUGAGAAUGGCGAUGGCGAUGGCGAAGGCGAAGACGAAGAACAGACCAAUGACACAGGUGUACAUAGUAAUGGAGACAACGAAGACGACGAGGCGGAU